AACUCUUCUUCUAGAUCAUACGAUUACUGGGCAGAUGGUGCACGUGGAAGUUGGGAUGCUUUUGGGCUUGAUGGAACCCCUAUGUUGAAGAGCUGGUUCCAGUGCGUUGUGUACCUCCAGUGCUCCACCUUUCUUAGUGAGAACUACCAGUCAGUUCACAAGAUAGGACAUAGGGGCUUUAUUGCGGGUGGUUGUCCAGGUGAGUGGUGGUGUCAGUGACAGGUGUCGAUCGAGGUUGACCGAGCGCCCAACGGGGGGAGGCUCACAACCGUUUCAACUGGUCGCGUGGUCGCCGUUGCCUGACUCUACGUACCAUUGUGUUCGUCUCCUGCUCAACUUUGUUCACUAAACUGACACACCAUCUCAACUGAUACACACAUUUGUUACGUGGAGGCUAGCCAGACACAAGCGUUGACGAAAGCGAUUCUCAUUGCUGAAAGAUACAUAUUCUUCAUCAGAUAACAUGCCUACCCUUACACUUUCUUGGACGGAUCUGGCGCUUUUCGGGCUGACGGCUGGUUUGAUCGGUGGUAUCGUCCUCAUCGGCCGCUCGAACUCAUCACCCAACGUGACUGGCCCUCAUAACCUGAAGAAAAACGCUGCACCAAAGAAGAAGAAGAAGCCUAAGAAAGGAGGAGAACCGAUUUCCAGCCCCCCUCUAUCCUCACCUUCGGCCAAGCGCCGGGAAAGCUCAGCGCAGUCUCCACCCCCUACACAGCCGAUCACUACACCUGAAAGUCAUCCGGAGCCUCCGUCUGCUGUCCAAUCCCAAGCUGUCGAAGCCAAACCAGCCACCGGGCCUUCUCCUGCUCAAAAGAAGAAAGCGGCUAAAAAGGCAGCAGACACUAUCAAUGAUCAAGACUUUCCUCCACUCGCCUCGGCCAAAGACGAAAGUCACAAUAAAACAAAUCAGAACAAACCAAAGAGGCCGUUCGCCGAAAGGCAUCAGCAACCAGUCCGCAAGACUAUUGUGGAUGACAUGAUCGACGAGGAUGUUCAGAAGCCACUCAAAAUGGCCAGGGUCAUGAACAUCGUUAACCCAGAGUCAGAAGCCCCAUUAUCGCCAGCAAGUGACCCAGAGGAUGGAUGGGAAAAAGUCCCAGAUUCAAAACGAUCGCGCACGACUGGUAUCUCAAUCUCGAUUGGCACCGGAUCGUCUGGUCAGCCGGCGGCCAAACCUAAGCAGGCGGCCGAACAAGCAACAUCCAAGCGUCAGCGCCAGAAUGCGAAAAAGAAGGAGGCCGCCAAGGCGCUCAAAGCAGCCGAAGAGGCCGAACGACUCAGUCACCUCUCCGCGCACAAGCGAGAACAGGAGCGCAUUCGCAUGAAUGCCCAGACUCGCUCUCCCCAACCCAGUGCAACUUCUUCCAAGCCUCUCGGCAAGAAAGUGGCGUCAGCAUCAGUUGCUGAAGAUGGUCGCUUGAUUUGGGAAUGAGCGAGGCGGCUCACAUGAUGUGUGAAGCAGGAAAUAAACGACGAGUUUUGGUAGGUCUGAAAAACUCAUCAUCAGCGGUUACUUGGGGAAUUGCGAUUCGGUAGGCUCGGGAAUCUGACUCUUGAGCACCGAUCCUCUUUCGGCCUGGGUUUCAAAUCGACCGCCAUUGAAUCUCAAGAGUAGGAAGGUUUGGAUAUGCACCGAUUUUACAGAGACAUACAACCCAUUGUGUUCAAACUGAGACACCCACCUGUUCGAUCACAUCUUUCUUUAUACUAUUUUUUCUUCUUCUUUUUGACACUUGGAUGUGUGCUCAAAUGAUUCAAUUAUUGUAUCUCUUCAAAGAGACU